AUGACUGUAGCCAUGGACAACUCAUUUCGUGGCUGGUCCUCGAAUGCUAACACCGGAUCUCUCUGUCUGGAGGACAAGUACGAGAUCAUCAAGGACAUUGGCGAUGGCAGCUUCGGAAGUGUAGUCCUCGCAAGGACGAGGAGCGCUGGCGCUCACCUCGUACGAAGGAACACUUUGGUCGCUGUCAAGACCAUGAAGAAAACGUUCGAGUCCUUCUCGCAAUGUAUGGACCUCAGAGAAGUCAUCUUCCUCAAGUCAAUACCGGCUCACCCUCAUCUGGUCCCGGCUUACGACAUCUUUCUCGACCCUCUUAGCAAGAAGCUGCACAUUGCCAUGGAGAACAUGGACGGCAAUCUCUACCAACUGAUGAAGACGCGGGAUCACAAGCCCUUCGAUGGCACUGUUGUUAAAAGCAUCUUAUUUCAAAUUCUCGGCGGCCUGGAGCACAUUCACGAGCACAGCUUCUUCCACCGCGAUAUCAAACCGGAGAACAUUCUGGUCUCAUCGUCGGCACCCGAUACACAGAGCUCCUUCAAACGAUACUCGUCAUUAGUGACACCUCCAUCGACACCUCCAACCUACACUAUUAAGCUUGCCGACUUCGGACUGGCAAGAGAAACACACUCCAUGGUUCCCUACACAACAUACGUUUCCACCAGAUGGUACCGUGCACCAGAGGUACUCCUGAGAGCUGGUCAGUACUCUGCGCCGGUGGAUAUCUGGGCCUUUGGUGCCAUGGCUGUGGAAAUUGCAACCUUGAAGCCUCUCUUCCCCGGUGGCAACGAAGUUGACCAGGUUUGGCGAGUUUGUGAGAUAAUGGGCAGUCCUGGUCUUUGGGUCAACAAGCACGGUCAAAAGCUUGGAGGUGGCGAGUGGAAAGAUGGUGUCCGCCUGGCCGGCAAGCUUGGAUUCUCCUUCCCAAAGAUGGCACCUCAUCCCAUGGACACAAUUCUUCAGGCCCCUCAGUGGUCCGCAAGUUUCGCACGGUUUAUUACCUGGUGCCUAAUGUGGGAUCCUAACGCUCGACCAACUUCAACACAAGCCCUUCAGCACGAGUACUUUGCUGAUGCCGUUGAUCCUGCAAGACCCAAGUCAUCAAAUACCGCCAAGUUCCUUCGCAGCAAGAGCUCUACUUUGGGUAGUCUCGAGAAUUCGCCAGAUUCUAACCAAGGCAGUAUCUCUCUUAAGAAAUCAUCGUGGUUCAGAAAAUCCAUUAGCACUACAGACUUCACACCACCUCCAGAGCACGCUCCUCAAGCACCCACUUCCCAUCCUUCACCCGUUAAUGCUAGAGGAGUUGAAGGUGCCGGCUCAAUCAAACUCCGUCCUCCGUUCACCAAGAGAGCAACAUGGAACAGCGCCGUACCGAUCCCUAUUCUACCAUCAAUCAAGCCGGUCUCGCCGAUACAUGAUGCUGUGACUGCCAGUGCUAAGACUGAAGCCACCGAGAAGAAGAAGAUCGCAAGGCAGCUAUCUGUUAACUCUCACGGAAACCAUUACGCCGAGUACCAUCGUCAGGAAGCCGAGAAAGCUCUCAACGGUAUGAGUGGCCUUGCUUCGCCUACUGGAAGUGUCAGAGAAAGUUUCUUCUCUCACCUUCGCAAGAGGGCUCGCAGAUUCUCCGGUCGUAACCAGAUUCCGGGAUCGCCUGGACCUGAGGAGUCAGAACCAACAAGUGUUGGGUGUGCACCGUGGGCAUCAAGUAACAGGUCAUCUAUGUCUGUAGAGCCACCUGCCCGUGACUCUGCUGCCGACACGGGAUUUUCAGAGCUUGAUAAGGCUCUAGAAAGCGUUCGUUCUAGUCUUGACGCGCGCGCCUCAAAUGCGCCUGCCAGACAAGUUCAACGCAUGUCAAGCACGCCUAUUCUCAAGCGCCACCACUCUCUUUCCACAGUCGCAGAUGGACGCACCUCGCCUGCACUUUCUGUUAAUGCGCAGACUACUAGCCGAACACGACGAUCAGUCAGGCAAUCGCUUAACCCUCGUCAAAGAUACGAAACUCCCGACGAAGAAGAGGAGUUACUUGACGAGGCAUUGACCAACGCGCGUCGGGCAGCAAGACGGCUUGAGAAGCCCACCCCAGCCAAGCCAUCCUCGGGCAAAGAGAACACCAGGCCUCCAAUCGCGCACGUGACCUCGGAUCCUGGCUACUCAGCUCCCUACCUGACACCCUCUCCGUCUAAGGACAAUAACAUUGGUUUUGGUCAAACAGAUAUGACCCCUACCAAGUCCAUGGCCAUCACACCCCGAAGGCAGCGCGACAGUCUAAAUCCACAAUGGCCAACACCUCCUUAUGACGACCACGAAUGGGCUUCGUCAGCUGCAGCAUCCAUCCUUGCUGUGCAUUCGGACACUAAGCUCAAGUGA